AUGGAUGCAAAUGGCAACGUGGCAGAAGACAGAGAAGGGUGGAAGAUGCUGGUACACGAAGCGAAGAAUCAACUGAGAUUUUUGGAGCCACUUCACCGACUCACACACUGUCACCAAAGCGCAGCCUACUACCUCGGACUGUCCGCGAAGACUUCAGAACUAUCAACAUCUAUAACAAGUUUCAUAAGUAAAGAUGUGGACAUUGCAUACGACAUAUCCUUUGAGUUGUGUUUCGGUGACUCGGCCAGGUAUGUUGUACCAGAGAACUCUCCCUCCACAAUGCUGGGAGUGCUGGGACCGCGGUACUGCCACAAUUCUACAAGAUCGCCUGUAUACAGGAUACUCCAUGGGGGUUCUAUAGCCCGCCUAGUUGGCUCGGAGCUGUGGAGCGCCCCAGCCCUGGACCGUGAGGAUCUCCCUGGACCUCUGUCAGUAGAGGUGUCCUGUACUCUGGAUGACGUCACGUACGACCGAGUCCUCUCCGUCACACUCCUGGACACGGACGACAACUUGCCUGAGGUCCUGAACAUCACCAGCACCUCGGACUCGAGUGAAAUCGAGUUAAUCGAUUUGGACACAUUUGGGGCCAACAACUUUGAAAUUAAACUGUUGGACGACACGAAAAAUAUCCUUCAGUAUGAACUGAUCGCCUCACCAACUGAGUAUGGAGGCGUUGAGGCUACAAGAAUUAAGAUAAAUGUGAGUGUACAAGCGGGACGCUCUAUACCAGAGGCUGGCUACACGUUCGUCGUGAGGCUGACCGACAAGGAUCUUCCUCCUCCCUGCACGGUUUCGAUACCUCUCACGUUCCAACCACAGACUCUUCUCCAGCCCUUGGCCCAGACGCGGCCGAUGGUGCAGUACCCUCCCGCGGUUACUCUGUCCCGCGCGGCGUCUCUACACGCCAGGGUGGCGGAGCCCUACGACUUGCGGGCCCUGGACUCUCCUACUGGACCGACAUUCACCCUGAAGCACCCCUCAAUCAACGUCACUGAGAGAGCUGGCAUCCUGUAUGUAUCCGACCCCGUAGCGCUGCAGCGUGCUCAGAGAGUCGUCAGGGUGACAGUGGAGUGGAGAGAAGCCAGCGGUCGACGGGACUCUGCCCAGAUCUCGGUGGAGCUUGUAGACCCUGACACUCCGCCUUGCACCGACCACGACCACGGGGACAACCUGUGCUCCGCCCUGGAGCAGCGAGAGUGCCAGAGGACCACGUGUGCCCACGGUCUCGGCGGCAGAGCUAGCAACAGUAGCCGCCCAGCUCUCAGGUGCGAGUGGUUGCCCGGCAGCACGACACGGUACUCCACCUGCACCGUGGACGUCGCUCACUGUCCGGACUACUGGUGCGAUCCUCUGGAGCGGCUCUCACACAACCUCACCUGUCUACAAGACUGUACAACCCAUGUCCUAGGCGCAGGACGAGUGAGGGACGUGGGCCAAGGGAUUCAACCGUUUACCUCUGGUACCUUCUGUUCUUGCGACCACAGCCGGGCCUGUGUGUGUGCCGGCCAGCCUCCCAGGCCGCCGAAGAAUCUCAUGAUGAGGCCCAUCACGUCCCACAACAAAACUGAACCCUUGUCAGUGACAUCUAAAUCCACCCAGACACCACAUAACCUCACAACAACUAGCCUCUCACUAGUUCCUGAUAUCAAAACCUCUGAAUCUACCGAACCAAAAGGACGUCGAAGAGAAGGAUGUGGCUUCAAGUGUCAGACAAAGGCAGCCAUCGGCAUCAUCUUUAUCAUGUCAUCUUGCCUCUUCUUCAUGUUGUUUCUUACGUCUCGUCGACAAAGGCGCAAAAACAGCAGUCGUAAGCUGAUGGACACGUCCAACACUCUGCUAGAAGCUCAGAGAGCAGCUGACAACUUGUUACAGACUUUCACUCAUCCAGUUGUCAGUCAACCACCAGAGCCGUACAUUGUGCCUGACAAACGCUGGGAGUUUCCUCGUGAGUCACUGAUCAUUGAGCAGUGUUUAGGUGAAGGAGAAUUUGGACGUGUGUUGAAAGCAAGAGCAAUGGACAUAGAUGGCAUUAAGGGUGUAACUACAGUGGCAGUGAAGACUCUUAAAGUGUCGGCCACCUCGGCGGAAAUGGCAGAUUUGCUAGCAGAGUACCAAAUGAUGAAGGAUGUGUGCCAUCCCCACGUAGUCAGACUAUUGGGAGCCUGUACCUCACUCGGUGGACCUGUCUUCAUAAUUAUAGAGUACGCCGAACACGGUUCGUUGAGAUCGUACCUGAGACGCAGUCGCCUAGUUCCCCCAGCUCCAGGAUCUCCUAACCAGGCCGUGGAGCCGCUGACGUAUAAGUCUCUGCUGACGUUCGCUCUGCAGAUAUCAAAGGGAAUGGCUUAUUUGGCCGAAAAUAAGCUAGUUCAUCGUGAUCUAGCUGCAAGGAACGUGUUGUUGGCUUCGGGACUUUUAUGCAAGAUAUCAGACUUCGGACUGUCUCGGGAUGUUUACGAAGAUGAUGCAUAUUUCAAACGUAGCAAGGGAAGAGUACCAGUGAAAUGGAUGGCACUGGAGUCUUUGGCUGAUCACGUGUACACGACCAAAAGUGACGUGUGGAGUUAUGGAGUAGUUUUGUGGGAGUUGGUGACACUGGGAUCAUCCCCUUACCCAGGGGUAGCAGUGCACAGCUUGUAUCCCCUGCUGCGCGCCGGCUACCGCAUGGACCGCCCCCUCACUUGCACAGACAGAUUGUACGAUCUGAUGCUGGACUGUUGGCGGGAGGAUCCUCUAGAGCGGCCUCCGUUCUGGCACAUCUCCGCGCGGCUGGAGAAACUCCUGGAGGAAGACACUGACUACCUGCCACUCCAGCUGGAGAACAGACUCGUCAUCAACAAAGGCUACCUGGCAGACUUCUCUCCCGAGGACGACAUUGAUGUCUUGAAGCAGGAUUUCGGGUACAAGAUUCCCAACCCGCACAAGGCGGAGAAAGAGAUCAACCAGACAUCGCUGGUCAAGUAUGCGAAUGACAUGGUCAGCUACAAGGCAGAGGCCUACGACGACCCGAGACCUUUGAGAAUAACUUCAGUCGUGGAGACAAUAAGUCUAAACAACCUCGGCAACAAACACUACACGGUGUUGAGGGCCAAACCUGCCAACCAGUACCAGAACGAUGUCCAGAUAAACAUAGACGGAAGUGACGAUCCUUCUGGUGAAAAGGAGUCACAGUAUGAGACCAAGAAGCUGUUGCUGAAGAGAAUGAGUGGGAGCUACGUCAGUAUGAACAGGAGAGCUAGUUCUCUAGAAGCGGGAACGUCACGUGAAGUAACUAGCAGACAAAGACCGGCAAGUUAUGAGGAUAACAAUGACGUAAGAGCGGUCACACAAGAUUGGGAUAGGCAUGGAGAAAUUAGUGGAACAGUUUUGGAUGAAAGUGGUGACAUGGGUGGAACUGUUCCAGGCAUAUCCGGCAAUAUUGAUGGAACGGUGGUGAAUGACACUGUCACCGUCGAUGGAACGCUUUCGCCUGGACCUAGUACCAUGGGUGUUACAGUUGCAGGUGCAUUUGGCAAUAGUGAAACGCUUGUGGAUGAACCUGUACACAUUAGAGGUACGGUUGUGGGCGAACCUAGUGACAUCAGAGAAACAGUUGUGGAUGAAAUUGGCAACACAGGAGGAACGGUUGCAAAUGAACAUAGCAACAUUGAACAGUUUGCGGGUAAACCUGGUGACAUGAGUGGAACAGUUGCGGGGAGCGGGAGCUGUAGCCGUGUAAUGAAUAGGAACGAUGCAACUGUGACAGAGGAAAUCAAGCCUGGAAAUGAUUCUAUAACUGAAGGCGAAAUUGAACGUGACCAUCCUUACAUCUUUGUGACUGAAACAAACGUGUAG